GAGUUCUGUUUACUCAGCUAGCUUCAAUGGAGGGCUUUGAUCAUGCGACUUGUGUCACCACUUGUUAGUGUCUUAGUUUAACUGUGUUUAUAUAUCAUCUUUAUGUCUGUGUAGGCUGAUGCUUGUGUAGGAUGUCUUCAGUGAAUUUCACGGGGAAGAAUGUGGAGGAGUUUACCAUCACAGGCUUCGACCACCUCUCUCACCAGAAGCUCCUGGGCUUCCUCAUUUUCAUCACCUAUUUCCUUGUGCUUCUGGGAAGCGGCACCAACAUCUGCAUCAUUUUGACGGACAGACGGCUGCACACGCCCAUGUACCUCCUCAUCUGUAACCUGGCCGUGGUGGACAUCAUGUUCACCUCCAGCACCAGCACCACCAUGAUCUCUGUCCUGCUGGCCGAGGUCAAAACCAUCUCCUACUACUCCUGCAUAUCACGCAUGUACAUCUACCACCUGGGUGACAUCACAGGGUGUCUGGCCCUGUCCGUGAUGGCUUUGGACCGAACCAUCGCUAUCAGCAACCCUCUUAGGUACCACAGCAUCCUGACUAACGCACGAAUAUUUGUGUUAAUCAUAGCUUCCUGGUUCAUAGGUAUAAUAUGCUUAGGAAUUGCUCUUGCUUGGGCAGACUUUGACAACCUUCCAUACUGCCAGCCAAUCAUUGGGUACGUCUUUUGUGAUUACCCAGCUUUAAUCAGGGCUGCCUGUGUCAACCCUGAACCUUACUUCCUGAUUCCCACCAUUCUGGCUCUAUGGCUCCUCGCGGGCCAGUUUCCCUUAAUUAUACUGUCAUAUGUUAAAAUCAUCUACACACUCCUGAGACUGCCAAACAGUGAGAGCAGAGCACAGGGGUUUAAUACCUGUAUUUGUCACAUUAUUGUGGUGUCCUGUUACUACGCUCCCAAGUUAGUCUCUGUGUUGUUGACGAGGAUAGGGCUGAGGCUGAAUCUGACGGAGCGUAAUGCUUUAAUGAUUAUAGCCACGCUGUUACCCUCUCUGAUCAACCCUACAGUCUACUGUCUGAAGACCAAAGAGAUUAGAAAGAGAUUGGUUCAGAUACUGUCUAGAAAAAAAAGAACUGUAUCAAUAAAAUGUCAAAAAGGGUGAGUUAUUUAUUUGUUAUUAUAUAUUAUGGGAUACACAUAAUCAAAUACAGAUGUGACUUGAAUGACAUGUUUUAUCAAAUCUCAAUUGUAAAAUGAAUGUAUAGAGUCGUGUAUGAAGAGGUAUGAACCCUCACUAACAUAUAUGAAAGUGCACUCUUCUUUUAAAUAUCAACAAGUUAAAAAACCAACGGUUAAAAUGUUGAUACACAAUGCUAGUUAUCGCAUGGUUUGAUAAUUGUGCAUGAAAUCAAUUGCAACAAUAUUGUCAAAUUAAUUUGAAGGGAUAUUAAUUAUCAAAGGGUAAAUUAGGGAGUGCUUACAUGUGUUCUGUUUCACACAUGUACAAGUGUUUGGUGAAAUAGAAGUGUGCUUUAAACAUAUCCCCCCUGAGACAGUUUGGGGUCACGGCAUGGGAUCAUUAUGGUCAGUCAAACAUAUCAAAUCAGUGUUUAUAGGUCGUGUUUAGCAGACGCUACAGUUUAGCAGGUGAACAAUGCCUGCCCUUCAGGACAUCUAUAGUACCCGGUGUCACAGGAUGGCCAAGAAGACCAUCAAAGAUCUCAGCCACCCGAGUCACGGCCUGUUCACCCUGUUACCAUCUAGCAGGCGGAGACAAUGCAGGUGUAUCAAAGCUGGAACAGAGAGAAUGAAAAACAGCUUCCAUCUCCAUUCCAUCAGACUGGUAUGGUAAACAGUCAUCACAAGCCUACUGCCCCUCAGUACCCUGCCCUGCACCUUAGACACAGUCACUAGCCGGCCUCCGCCCAGUACCCUGCCCUGCACCUUAGACACUGUCACUCGCAGGCUAACACCAGUACCCUGCUCUGAACAUUUAUCUGUAAAUACAUUUAAAAAACAAGAAAAUUAUUCUGUCUAGUGUGCUCAAUAUAAGGAAUGUGCAAUGAUUUAUACUUUUACUUUAAAUACUUAAGUGUAUUUAAAACCAAAUACUUUUAGACUUUUACACAAGUGGUAUUUUACUGGGUGACUUUCACUUUUACUUGGGGUAAUUGUUAUUAAUUGUUAUACUUUUACUCAAGUAUAACAAUUGAGUACUUUUCCACCAUACAGUCUAUGUACACCAUUAUAUAUUCAUAAAGUACUAGUCAAAAGUUUGGACACACCUACUCAUUAACAAGGCACACCUGUUAAUUUAAAUGAAUUCCUCAUGAAGCUGGUUGAGGUAAUGCCAAGACUGUGCAACGCUGUCAUAAAGGCAAAGAGUGGCUACAUUGAAGAAUCUAAAAAAAAUAUAUAUAUUUUGAUUUGUUUAACAAUUUUGGUUACUACAAGAUUUCAUAUGUGUUAUUUCAUAGUUUGAAAUGUCUUCACUAUUAUUCUACAAUGUAGAAAAUAGUUUUAAAAAAUAAAGAAAACCCCUUGAA